GGGGCGGAGGCGGGAAGGACGGAUGGCGCUGAGGGCGCUCCGGGAGCUCUGAGGGGAUUGCGUUUUCCCGUGGAGGAGCUCGGUGAUGAAGCUGAAUCAUGCCGUGUGUUGGUGUUUUUUGGAUACGUGUAUUUAAUUAAAAGUCAGAGGAGGACACAGUUCUAAACCUGAAGUAAAGGGGAGGAAGAGCUGGCAAUGUCUUCUGAGGGGGCAGAAUACACCAUCGGGGGGGUGAAGAUCCUCUUCCCCUGCAAGGCUUACCCCUCCCAGCUGGCCAUGAUGAAUGCUAUAGUGAAAGGUUUAAACACCAGGCAGCACUGUUUGCUGGAGAGCCCUACAGGCAGUGGGAAAAGCUUGGCAUUGCUUUGCUCUGCGUUAUCAUGGCAGCAGACUCUGCACGAGAAACGCGAGCUGAGCCGCUCCUGGGAGCAGGACAGGAAGGCAGAGCCGGCCCCGCCCUGCCCCUGCACGUGUCACUGCCAGCCCAGGGGCAACGAGGCUGCAGCGAGUGGGAACCCUGGGCCUUCUCGUCCUUCUGACAGCUGGGAAACAGCCACUUCCACCAAACCUGGAAGCCCCCUGACUAACACAGAAUGUAAGGAAAAUGAAACUCUAGCUUCGAAGUUGGCUGCCAAAAAGAAGUCAUCCCUACAUGACAGUGAGACUGAUGAUUUUCAAGUGGACAGGAAAAGGAUCCGUCCUUUGGAAACAGAGCAGCAGGUCAGAAAACGCCACUGUUUGGCCAGAGGAGUCCAGUUGGUCGAUGCUUUAGAAGUUUAUCAUCAGAGGAAAAACGGAGAGCUCACUGUUCACUCUGAAAAAAGGGUGAAAACCGCUGCUUGUUCUUCCCAGACAUCUUCUGGCCCUUGCACUGAGUGUUCCUGCUCCUCUGGAAAGGCACCCAGUAAGGAUCCCAGUCACACAAAGAAGAAGGAAGAUGGAGAUGGCUCGUCUGUUCCCAAGAUAUUUUUUGGAACACGGACUCACAAGCAGAUAGCCCAGAUCAUCAGGGAGCUGAAGAGAACAGCCUAUUGCUCUGUCCCCAUGACCAUCCUGUCCAGCAGGGAUUACACCUGCAUUCACCCAGUGGUGUCCAACAGUGGGAGCAACAGGAAUGAAAUGUGUGUCGAACUGCUGGAAGGAAAAAAUGGCAAGUCCUGUGCCUACUACCACGGUGUGCACAAGCUCAGUGAGCACCAUGCCCUGCAGGCUGCAUAUGGGCUGCACCAGGCCUGGGACGUCGAGGACCUGGUGAGCCUGGGCAGGAAGCUUCGUGCCUGUGCUUAUUUUGCAGCCAGGGAGCUCAUGGUGGGAGCAGACAUCGUGUUUUGUCCCUACAAUUAUCUGCUGGACCCGCAGAUAAGGGAGAGUAUGGACAUCAACCUGAAGGGCCAGGUGGUGAUUUUGGACGAAGGCCACAACAUCGAGGACUGUGCCCGGGAGUCCGUGAGCUUCGGGGUCACCGAGAGCCAGCUCAGGGCAGCCCGGGAGGAGCUGGACUUCAUGGUCAGCAACAACAUCAGGCAGAAGGACCACGGGCCCCUGAGAGCUGUGUGCUGCUCCCUGAUAAAUUGGCUGCAGGAGAGCUCUGGUCAGCUGGUAGAGAGAGGGUUUGAAAGUGCCUGUAAGGUGUGGAGUGGAAAAGAAAUGCUCACCUUUCUGCACCAAAUGGGGAUAACUGGGAUUACUUUCCCCAUUUUGCAGAAACAUCUCCUUGCGGUGCUGGAAAAAGAGGAGAAGGUGUCCGUGCACGGCAGGGAAGAACUCGUUGAGGUGCCAGUUGUGAGCUCUGCCACGCAGAUAGUGCUCAAAGGGCUCUUCAUGGUGCUCCUGUGCCUCUUCAAGGAGAACAGCAGGUUUGCAGAUGAUUACAGAGUUGCUCUGCAGCAAACUUACACUUGGGUGAAUGAGAACCAGCACGAGGAUUCAGACACAGGCUCCUACUUUGCAUGGCCCAGGCACAAGAAGAGUUCAAGGCAGAAGACCCUGGUCCACCUGCUCAGUUUUUGGUGCUUGAACCCUGCUGUGGCUUUUUCUGACCUCAGUGAAGUCAGAACAAUUGUCCUGACAUCUGGAACACUCUCUCCCAUGGAUUCCUUUUCCUCGGAGCUGGGGGUGAAGUUCUCCAUCCAGCUGGAGGCCAACCACGUCAUUCGCAACUCCCAGGUGUGGGUGGGCACGGUGGGCGCUGGCCCCAGCGGGCGCAGGCUCUGUGCCACCUUCCAGCACACCGAGACCUUCGACUUCCAGGACGAGGUGGGGGCACUGCUGCUCUCCGUGUGCCAGACGGUUGGCCAGGGAGUUCUCUGCUUUCUGCCAUCCUACAAGAUGCUGGACAAGCUGAAGGACCGCUGGAUUCACACUGGCUUGUGGAAGAAACUGGAGCUGGUGAAGACAGUGAUUGCAGAGCCUCAGGGAGGGGCAAAGAGUGACUUUGAUGAGCUGCUCAGCAUUUACUAUGAUGCAAUCAAGUGUAAAGGAGGAAAAGAUGGGGCUCUGCUCAUCGCCGUGUGCAGGGGCAAGGUCAGCGAGGGGCUGGACUUCUGCGACGAGAACGCCCGGGCCGUGGUGACCAUCGGCAUCCCCUUCCCCAACGUCAAGGACCUGCAGGUGGAAUUAAAGAGGAAGUACAAUGACCAGCACAAAAGUACAAGAGGCCUUUUAUCAGGGAGUCAGUGGUAUGAAAUUCAAGCUUACAGAGCUCUCAACCAAGCCCUGGGAAGGUGUAUAAGGCACAGGAACGACUGGGGGGCUCUGAUUUUGGUCGAUGACCGGUUCCGGAAUAACCCCAGUAAAUACAUCACUGGAUUGUCCAAGUGGAUCCGGCAGCAGAUCCAGCACCACGGGAGCUUCGGCAGCGCCCUGCAAUCCCUGCAGGCCUUCGCCCACAGGAACCAGGGAGGUGCUGACUGCUCCUCCCAGGACAACGGCCAGAUUGGCCACACACCUGCCAAUUCCAAGGGCCUGUCACAAGGCUCUCAACCAGAGGCAACUGCUCACCUGUCACCAGAUGUUGCUGCCAGAAGCGAGGAGCGAAAUUCGGGUUCGGAAGCGAAUUUUGCUGCGCCCGUCGGCUCAAAUCAGCCGAGUGACGUCACGGCAGCAGCGAGGCAGAGUGACUGGAAAGUUGGUGUGGAGAGUCAUUCUCCCCAUGUGAAACCAAGAAGAAGAAGAAGAGAAAGAAGAGAAAGAAGAAGAGAAAGAAGAGAAAGAAGAAGACGUGUGGACUCCACGCCCAGAAUGCCGACAACUGAAAUAGAGACAGGAAAAAUGAAUGGCUGGACUCGUGGUGAUGUUGUGAAGGAGAAUUCCUGCUUUAAACCACUGACUUCAGCACCUCUGCCUGUGGCAGAGAGCUGCAGGUCCACAGCUAACAGCAGACAGGAGGGUGUGAAUGGGCCCAGUGAACUUAUUGAUAGCUUAAAUCAGUGCCAAUCAUCGUUAACUGCAGAACAGAAAUCGAGGGGACCAGAAUCAUGUUUGGAAACAACUCAAUUUUCGGUUAAAAACACCGAGGCUCCAAUUGCUGAAGAGCUGCAGCUUCCAGCUGAGCCCUGCAGAGAGUGCCCUUCAGCAGGAGGGGAGGCUGCACUCCCUGCUCUGAACGUGUGUGCAGAGGAUGAGGAUGAGGAUGAGAGUAUUUACUUCACCCCGGAGCUCUAUGAUGACUCCGAGCCAGAGGAGCAGGAAAUCCCAGCCCUGCUCCCAGCCCCUCAGGCAGACGGGAACGAGCCUGGAGGUGGAAACCCCCCUGCGGCCCGGGAACUUUUUGCCAUGGACACCUCAGAAACAGCAAAUGUGACUGGAAAAGUGGAGCCUGGUGGCAGCAGCCCAAGGUGGAAAAGGAUGCAGAGUGAGAGGAGUGAGGACAGUGCAGGUAGUGGUGCAGAGCAGGGAGCAGCUGCAGGCACGGACAGCAUCAAACGCAGGGUCAGCCUGUCCAGAAGACGAAAUAAAGGUGUGUCCUCUUUCCCCUCGAGCAGCAGCAGCACCUGGGCACAGUUCCUGUAGGAAUCCCAGCUGUUCAAAAUGUCGCCUCACCACAGAGCAGUGAUGGCUUUCCCUUGCUCAUCUCUCGUGAGCUGCUCCCACACUUGAGUUCUUACUCUGGUUUUUUGGUUUUCACUGUGGAACAUGCAGUUUUCUAGAGAUAAGAGUUAAGAUUCCUCAUCCUGACUGCAUGGUAAAGAACAACACGUCUGGAAAUUCUAAACACAAGCCCAAGUGGGAUCUUACUUGUAAUUGUUGGCUGAGGAGGUUUGUGCACUACAGAUUUAAUUCACCAUUAAAUGCCAUAAAAUAAUAGUGUUUCUCCUCAGAAAGCAAACCUCCCCAUAUCAUCAAGUUACAGUUUUCUGCAUUUGUUAGGGCUUUGCUUUUUUUUUUUUUUUUUUUUUUAAUUAAUUAAAUAUGUAGAACAGCAUCUUUGCAGAUCAGGUCAUGUGAUAGAUUGAGCCUGGAUACCAGAAUAGGUGUAUUCUUCAGUCUUUUGUUUCCCUCACAUUCCUUAUGUUGAAACAUCUCUCAGGAGCUGUGUCUGAACAUUUUGAUAUCUGAUGAUGGUGAGAGGCUUCUCCAGAGAUCUGUGUUUGUUUUAUAUGAAAAUUGCUGUUCCUCUAAAUUUGUCUGCUGGGAGAAGAUCUCCUUUCUUUGGAUCAGGCUGUGUGUGUAUUCACAUGAAAACAUGUUCUCAUUUGUAUGCCCUACAAACACAUUUUGUAUGCAAUAUAUAACAAUAUAAAUUUGUACAUAAAGGCC